AUGGCCGCCGCCGCCGCCGCGAAGGCCGCGGCCGCCGCCCUCUCCGCCGGGGCGGCCUUCGCCGCGUCCUCCGGGAGGGUGCACGCCGGCCUCAUCCCCGGCUGGUCCUCCCCGUCCCCCGCCCCUGCCCCCGGUGCCGUCCCCGGGGCGCCGCCGGCCCCCGAGCCGGCUGCCGAGGAGAAGCCCAGGGUCCGGAACGACAACCCGCGCACCAGCGCCUCCGGGUUCAACCCCGAGCCGCUGGAGGAGGGGGUCAAGCUGCUGGACGAGAUGAGUAAAAAACAUAGUUCCACUGAAGUCAAGAAGACCUUUGAGCAUCUUAAGAAGGUGCAGGAUACGAAGCAAGCGGAGCUCGCUGCAAAGAAGGCCGAGUACACGAGGGAGGCUGCGAUCCUCGAGCUCGAGAGGACACGCACGGAGUAUGAAGAGAAGAAAAAACUUGCGCAAACCCAAGCUGAAAUAAAGUCACAGGUAGCUCGAUAUAAUGAUGAGCUAGCAAGGAAAAGAUUGCAGAACGAACAUGAGGCACAGAGGACGAGAAACCAUGAGCUCGUGAAGAUGCAAGAAGAGUCUGCACUUAAGAUAGAGCACAUAAGACGCCAGUUUGAGGAAGAAAUCCAGGAACUGCGCAAACGGACACAGCAGGAAAUGGCAGCUAUAGAGCAGGAGACCCAGAGACAGAAAAGUAGAGCAGAAGCGGAGGCAAAGGCGCUUGAAAAGAAACUCUCUGAAGAUGUGAAUCGGCGAAUGCUUAUUGAAAAGGCAAAUGCUGAGAGGGAGAAGUGGGUCCAAGCAAUAAAUGCAACUUUUGAGCAUAUAGGAGGUGGUUUACGGACGAUAUUAACUGAUCAGAGUAAGCUAACAGUAGCAGUUAUAGGUGUAACUGGACUUGCAGCAGGGAUAUACACAACAAGGGAAGGUGCAAGAGUAGUCUGGGGUUAUGUUGACCGUAUUCUGGGUCAGCCUUCACUGAUCAGAGAGUCAUCACGAGGGAAGUACCCUUGGUCUGGUGUCCCAUCACGUGCUAUGAGUACUGUGACUAGCAAACUGAAAAAUGGGAGCAAUUUGGGGAAGGAUGGGAAAGGUUUUGGUGAUGUUAUUCUAAAUCCUUCUCUUCAGAAGAGAGUGAAUCAACUAGCUAAUGCCACAGCAAACACGAAACUUCAUCAAGCUCCUUUUAGGAACAUGCUUUUCUAUGGGCCUCCGGGCACAGGGAAAACAAUGGCAGCAAGGGAACUAGCCCGUGAAUCUGGACUAGAUUAUGCACUGAUGACUGGUGGAGAUGUUGCACCGUUAGGAGCACAAGCAGUCACCAAGAUUCAUCAGCUGUUUGAUUGGGCAAAGAAAUCCGAUAGAGGUCUACUCCUCUUCAUUGAUGAAGCAGAUGCUUUCUUGUGCGAACGGAACAAGACAUACAUGAGUGAAGCUCAAAGGAGUGCUCUGAAUGCUCUCCUUUACCGCACGGGUAGCCAAUCCAAGGACUUUGUGCUUGCACUAGCGACCAACAGACCUGGUGACCUUGACUCAGCUGUUGCUGACCGUAUUGACGAGGUCCUUGAGUUUCCUUUGCCUGGUGAAGAAGAGAGGUCCAAGAUUGUUAAACUGUACCUUGACAAGUACAUCGUGAAAGCUGGUGAAAAGCAAGGAAAGGGCUUGUUCAGCUUCUUCCGCCGCCAGCCUCAGAAGAUAGCAGUGAAGGGGAUCACCGAUGACCUGAUCCGUGAGGCUGCUGCCAAGACGGAAGGCUUCUCUGGAAGAGAGAUCGCGAAGCUAUUGGCGAGCGUGCAGGCCGCAGUGUACGGGAGCACGGAAUGUGAGCUCACCCCGGCCCUGUUCCGUGAGGUUGUAGAUUACAAAGUCGCCGAGCACCAGCAGAGGAGAAAAAUCGCUGGUCAUGCCUAGGAGUAGAUCACAGUGUUCAUUUCUGGAUAGAGUGCCUGGACGGGGGGCGGGUGAUUCACCUGCUUAGUCUUCGUUAAUUCUUUUUGCUGCCAUCCUGACACACCUCGGUGGAAGUUUGGAGGCUCACAUGUAUCAACGUCAAGAUGACACAGUUCACUUGCAACAAGCUCGGCAGUUUUCUGAUUGAUCUUCAGCACAUACUUAUGCCUUUGGUGGCGUCAUUUACUAAUAAUUUAGUCAUUGAUAGUGGCUGUAUGGUGUCCAUUUACUGUUAAGCCGUGUUGAUAAGGCCUGCCUCAA